AUGGCAUCAAAAAAGCCAAAUGUGAUAUUUGUAUUAGGUGGACCAGGAGCUGGUAAAGGUACACAAUGUGUUCGUAUUGCUGAGAAAUUAAUAUCAUCUGAAGAAGAAUUAAUUGAACAAUUUCAAUAUGAAUUACAAUUAUCUGUUGGUGAUGAAUUAAGAGCUUUGCUUAGUUCAUUUAGUGGUAAAGAUGAUUCAUUUUAUGUAUUAAUUAUUAAUGAAAAUACAGCUGCUAUUGAUCGAGCUAUGAGUGAAUUACAAGAAGAUCAUAUACCAAAUCGAGAAUAUCUUCAAGUACCUCAAAUGAAAACUCUUGUUGUUGCACGAUAUGCUGAUGACAAAAAAUAUUAUCGUGCAUGGGUAAAAUCGGUUGACAUACAACAUGAACAAGCCAUAGUAUUUUUUGUUGAUUUUGGUAAUGAAAGUGCUGUAUCAUUUUCGGAUAUAUACAUAUGUCCAGAAUCUGUUCGUACACUUCCAUGGCUUGGUAUACGUGUUCGUCUUACAAAUGAAACCAUGACAGCUGAAGAAUUAACAACAUUUUGGAAAUUAACUGAGUCACAUUAUAUAUGGAUACGUAUUAAUGAAAUAUUCAAAGAUUCAUAUGGUAUACAAAUUAAAAUUGAUUAUACAAUAUAUCUUCAACAAGAACGUCUUAAAAUGUCGACAUCUAAACGAUUUAUGCAUACGGCUGUACAGACAAAAACAGAUGAAAAGUUUAUAUAUCCAAGAAAUAGUUCAGAAAGAAAUUUAUGUUUAUUAACGCCAUCAAAAAUUGAUCAAACACAAAUGGGAAAUGAAAAUUUUCUUCGUACUUUGUUUGAAAUGAUUAAUAAUGAAUUACGUUCACUUCAACAUCGUAUUAAUGGUAGUGAUGAAGCAUCACAAGAUCGACAUGAUCAACUUGUGCAAUUAUUAUUUUCAAUAGUCAAUCCAAAUAAUAGUAAUAAUCAGAAAAAGAUUUGUUAA